GCUUUCGGAUUGAUUUCGUUAAUGGUAACAAACACACAUAUUAAUCAAGGUGGUCUUCGCAAGAAAUGGUCAUAACUGAGUUUUUGUCACAAAUUGCAUAUGAGCUGAUCGCUAAUAGCUAGAAUGGAUUAUGAUCUAUUCCAAUCGGAUGACGAUGAGGAUAUACUCACUGCCUUCUUACAAGCAACACAAAAGCCGCAGACAGAGCCAACAGAGGAGAUACAAAUCAAUGAGGAGUUUGAUGACGAUGAGUGUAUAUUAGAACUGUUGCCCGAGUUUAUCUGCAGUGGAAGAGAUACUAUUAAGACACAAUCAGAUUUUCCCCAGCAAAGCUUUGUGCGUAAUUGCUAUGCGUUGAAAGUGCCGGUGCCACGAUGCCGGCUGGAAGAGCUGAGUUUCGAUUUUGGGCGGGAACAGCUGAGAGUAUGUGCUGUCUUACGUUAUGUGCAUGGCGAAGCUUGCAAGAAUAUACAGAAGCUCAGCGCAGCCGUGGCCGGUCAGCAGCAGCUACAAUCGAAAUCCUCGUUGCAUACAGCCAGCUGUUGGUACAGGGCACGUCAACAGGUUACCCAUUAUUAUCACUUGCUGCUGCACGAAGUGAACGAGCUGCAGGUGGAGUCACUAUCGCCAGCUAUUGUUCAGCUGCGUGACCUAAUCAAUAGCUGCCUGGAUGCGGCCACAUGGCGAAUACUCUACUUCGCGGAGCAUUCCAAAGGCAAUGAGUGUCAGGCGCCUGCUUAUCAUUUAUAUCAUGGAGCACUCGAAUGGCGUCUGCUGGACUUGUGCCUGUUACACAAGUGUCAAGAGUUCGAUACGACAGCACAGGUCAUGUACUUGUCGCAAUUAGAGCGUACAUUGGAUGAUUUGGUGCUCUGCGCGAGCUUUUACUAUAGAAGCAAACAUAGCGCUGAGCUGUUGCAUACUUCGGCGUUUAUGUGUCGCUGCAGCAAGGAGCUGUGGCUGGUGCUUCAGCAUCAGCAACAAGCAGAUACGGAAACUGCCUUCUGGCCCUUGCUACACAGAGCCAUGCAGCGGCACAAGAAACAGCUGGAAGCAGCGUCUGUGUUGGCCUAUCAUGAGUUCUAUGCCUGGCUGCGCCUGAGCCUUGCUCGCUUGGGCGCCUACGAUGCGUGUGGCAUGCAGGUUUUGCAACCAAUACCUGUAGCUGGAGAACUGCUUCAGACUAGCUGUCUGCUUAGACAGUUUUUGGCCAGUCAGCCGGAUGAGCAGCAACGUCGAGUCUAUCUGUGUUUGCUGGCGCCGCUGCAGCUGCAUUGGGGACAGCCCGAUACGGAUGUGCUCUGCCAGCUGUGGGAGUGUCUGCAUCGGUCGCUCAACUGCAAUUUUAGUGCGCAGUCUCAGCUGGAUCAGCUGCCGAUGAUAUACGCCAGCGGAUCAGCAUACUUGGAGCGCUAUCGUACGCUGCUGGCCAAGCCACAGCUGGAUGAUUUAAAUCUAAGCAGCUUUACGCUAUUUGUCCUGCUGCUGGGAAAAACGCUGCAACAGCUGCCGGCACUUGGCCGUGGCAAUCAAGCGCAGAAGUUGCUGGGACGCAUCUUUAGUAAAUUUAGUGCAGCGAAGAUGCUUGCACUCAACGAGUCGGGCAUACAUCAUGUGAUUGAGCUGUUCCUGUGCCUGCUGCUCACUUAUGGCGAGUUCAGCGAGCUGGCGCCCAAGCUGCGGGAAAUGCUGCUUUGCUUGGCUUUGGAUAAGCUGCCUCCGGCUCGCCGGCAGCUGGCAGCCAAGGGUCAUAUGGCUGUUCUAUUGCUGCAUGCGCAACGUCGACAGCCGUUCGAUGACUAUGUGAGUAAGCUGCUGGCCCAACUGGCGGCUGUGCGCAAUGAUCCGGAUGUGGGUGGCAUCUAUGCAGCCACGUUGCAGCCCAUUUUCGAACUGGCUGAUGAUUUCGCGCGCGGCGAGCAGCUACUGCUGGCGCCGUGGCUAACACACUACAUCGAACACAGUGCACAAGCGGCACAGGAACGUGUUUGGCAAGCUCUCCAUUUGCUUGCCCAAAAGCUGAAAGUCAACAUGUCCGCUGGAAUGUGGGAUGCACUGCAGCAGCAUGUGCUGCCACAGCUGCGCGUGCAAUAUGUGAACGGCUAUAGCACUUGGCUCUCACAGCUUGCUGCUGACUUUGUGGCACUGGACAGGGAUAAAAAGCUGCUGGAGUGCCUGCUACAAGGCGCCGAGCCAGUCAACACGGCAGCCAGUGCACAGCUGCUGCUCCAUGUGCUGCGGGACGCAGCAUCAGCUGCCCAACAACCGGCCAGCGUGCUCAUCAUUCAAGUGUGGAUAAAAUCUUUGGUGCUGCUCAACGCACAGCACGAGGCGGUGCUGGCACUGAAUCCUUUUAUCAUCCAGUUGGAGGAGUUUCGUGCUUUGGGCUUGGAUGCCGCCUCGUUGGCAGAUCGGGAGCCGCUGUGUGCAUUCUUUGGCGCUCUGGGUAGACGUGCACAGCAACAGGACGCGUUAGCACAUGUGCGCAUGCAGCUCAGUCAUAAGUUGCAUGCCUAUGUGGCGCACUUUGAGCAGUGGAUGUCGCCACAGAGCCGGCAGGAACGCCCCGAGCUGGGAGCACGUUUCUAUAACUUUUUGGCAAUUGUUAUUUAUAAUUGUCCGACACUUUGCUAUGUUCGUUCAAAGCCCAGCUGUUUCUUUCACCUGGCCAUGGUGCGUUUCCUUCUCACCACACAGCUGCAGGCGGGCGUUGCACCCGAGGGUCGACUGCCACAGCUACUGCAUAAGAUAUUUCCAGUGCUGCUGCAGGGCAUUGGACGUCUGCCAUAUCGCACAGAUGCGUAUCUAAGCCGUACGCUUGAAAAGCUCGUGUUGCACUGGACGCCACAUUUCGGUUUCUCGAGCAAUGUCAAGCUGGUGGCACGUCCAUAUGCAACGCUUCUGCAAUCGGAUUUGGAUGGCGAGCUGGCACAGUUUGUGUUGCAGCAUCUGGCUAACCAAUUCCUCGCCGUGCAGCGUAGCCAGGCGGGCACGCAUGUCGGUCUCAUUCUUAUUAUACUGCAACAGCUUUUUGUGGGUUUAGAUGACGUGGAGCUGGACACAGAGGCAGAGGCGCAGCUGUUAACGCUGUUGCGAGCGGUUCAUGUAUCGCUACUCGAGCACGUAAUGUUCGUUGGAGAAUUGGAACCUAGUCGAGUUCAAGUGCUCAAUCUCUAUGCUGUGCUUGUCAAUCUGUCCCAAUUCCAGCGUUCGGAAGCCGCUCGCGACGUCUGUUCGGCUGAUAUACGCAACCUGGCUGAAAAGCAUUUGGCGCACUGCACCUACUUCUACUUUCAGAUGCUCAUCAAGCUGGCGGAAAGAGCUCCACAAUUGGUAGCACCGCUCUUUGGAUUUGUGCGCGAACAGGCGCACAGCGUCGAGCUAAAGCGCGGCGCUGGCGAGGAUGUAGGCAUACGCAAAUGCCUCCAGCGUUUGCAACAGGUGCUUAAAGCUAGCUAAUUAGAUUAUAUACAAAUGUUUGUGGUAUUGUUAAUAAUAAAUAAAUACUUGAUCAAGCCGAAAUUAUAAGUGUUAACUGGUU